AUAUAAGCUUAUAAGAAAAUAUCAGGAAAUGAUAAUGUUUUUUUCCAUUUCUGGUGUAAUCUUAGGUGUCAGUAUCAUAUUUUUCCUAUUUUCCUUUGAAGGAUCUUUUCAACAUAGAUAUCCUCGUUUGGUCACUUUGGUUAUAUCUGGGGGUCUUACCUUCACACAUGUUACUAUUGCAGGACAGCUAAUUGAAGAAGUGGGUUUAACAUUUAUUGAAAUUUUAUCAGCUACUGAAUGGUACUGCUGGAAUAUUCAAAAUCGGAAAACUUUUGCCUUACUUUUGCAAAAUGCACAAAAAAUCUUUAAAGUGCAAUUCUCAGAAAACAUAUCGGUUAACUAUGAGCUAGGCAUCUCGAUUGGCAAAUCGAUUUAUUCCAUGGUGUCUGUCUUGGCGCAGCUUAGGAAUAAAUAGGAAGUUUGCUGAAAAUUUUUCCAGUUUUCAAAACUCCUGUAAAAUACAUAAAUCUUACUUUUAGCAUUUGAAAAAAAAGUUUCAUGAACCGCUGAUUCAGUAGUUUGUUUAAAGCACAAACUUUUUGAAAAAAUUGUCAAAAUUGAAACACCAAUAUUUAUGCACAUUUGUUGUAAAUUUAUUAUAAAGCACUUGUUAUAGCACAUAGUAUUGAAACAAUUUUUAAUACCUCGU